UUUUGUCGAAAAAAAUUCACAUUUCAUUCCGAAAAUUAAUGAAACUUUGCAACUAAGUAGAUUCUAUAUAAUAAAAUGGCUUUAAACUACGAGGAAAUGAGCUGGAGAGAUGUGCGCGACCACUUCCGUAAAUGGAGGGAAGAUAAUGAACGACGCAGCGAUGAUGUUAUCCAGCUAUGGGAAGCUAUACUAGAGGACAAAGUAUCAAAAACUGGCAACGAAAGACACUUGAUUUUGGAACAAGUUAUUGUGGCUGCCCUCGAUACGUCACGUUUUGACAUUGCCGGCAGAUGUAUUAAAGAAUUGAGCCAAGAAUUUCCCGGCAGUAUGCGUGUAAUGAAAUUUAAGGCAAUGCGUUUGGAAGCCAUGGAACGAUAUAGUGAAGCUAUUGAAGUCUUAGAUGCUAUAAUUGCCAAAGAUGAAACUAAUGCUGCUCCACGAAAACGUAAAAUUGCCAUAUUGAAAGCCAAAGGUCGUCGCACAGAUGCCAUUAAGGAACUUAACGAGUAUCUGAAGAAAUUUAUGUCCGAUCAGGAAGCUUGGCAUGAACUUUGCAAUUUAUACAUGGCCGAAGGUGAUUACGCCAAAGCUGCCUUUUGUAUGGAAGAAGUUCUUUUACACAAUCCACACAGUCAUUUGAUACAUCAAAGGCUAGCUGAAAUUCGUUAUACUAUGGGUGGUGCUGAAAAUAUUGAUAUAGCCAGAACAUAUUAUUCACAGGCAUUGAAGCUUAAUCCCAACAAUUUGAGAGCUCUUUAUGGUAUUUAUUUGUGUUGCAGUAGCAUAGCAAAUUCAAGAGCUUUGGGUUCGAAACGCAAAGAAGCUUAUAAGAUGGCCCAAUGGGCUUUGGAUCAGGCCAAUAAAUUAACAUCAUCUGUGUCAAAAAUAGAAAAUAACGAUAAACUAAUUGCAUCGCUGGAAAGUGCGUUUGGCCAUUUGGAAAUUAAAUCCUAUUGACCAGAACGAUGACAAACCCCAAGAGCAUUUAUUUAUAAAAGCCUUCUAUGUCAAUGAAUGUCUAUCACCCCCCACAUAACGUUAACA